AUGACUUCGAAAAGGGCUCAAAACUCCACGAAAGAAAGUGUCCUUCUAUUCAACACCAAAAAAGUAGCGGCUUACCGUUACGAUCAUGUUACAAAUCCGCGGAUUGCUGAGAUAUCACGGUCAACUGACUGUGUGAGCAAAGACGUUCUUUACUAUUACAACCCUUGUGGAUUGUACCGAGUAAGGAAAACCUUCAGCAAGUUCAUAGAGGAACACUUCAAAAGCACGAUAAGAAUCAAAGAGGAAAACAUCAUACUUUUGGAUGGAGUGGCAGCAACACUGAAUGCACUGGCAUUUGCUCUGGCAGAUGUUGGAGAUGUUUUCCUGUGCCCUACCCCGGCGUACAUAAAUCUUAAAUACGACAUGUUAGACAUAGGUGGAGUAGACAUCUACGAGGUACCAAUGUUUGACGGUUUUAAUGUCCGUGGAGUGAUCUUAACUAGUCCAAGUAACCCUACGGGUAAAGUAUAUACCCCUCACGAACUUGCUGAUUUGAUGGAGUUCUGCAAACGAGAGGACCUCCACGUCAUAUUUGAUGAAAUAUAUGCUUUGUCGACACAAGGUCAAGAUUGUUUUACAAGUGUUUUGUCUAUGCCCAUUCCUGAUCCAGACAAGACUCACUUCAUUUGGGGUUUAAGUAAGGAUUUUGGAUUAUCAGGAUUUCGAUGUGGUGUUGUGUAUUCCCAUGAUGUGAGGGUCAUCAAUCACCUGAAGAAGAUGGCAAUGUUUUGUUCCAUACCUGCCCCUACACAAAUGUUGAUCAAUGGCAUUCUGUCCGACACAGAAUGGCUAAACAACACCUACUUCCCUACCUAUUACAACAGAGCAAAGGAGACUUAUAAACUAGUGAAAGAUGUACUGGAUGAGUUGAAUAUUCCUACAGCGUACAGCUGUCGAAAUGUGAUCUUCUUCUGGAUGGAUUUAUCCCAGUUAAAAUCGUCUUCUGGGGUCGACUGUGGGUUCAAAUGA